AUGACGGGGUGGGUGAGUUGUACUCCUUUCAUGGAAGUCCCAGGGAGCAGGAACAUUGUACCUAAGGAGUAUCAUCCCUGCACUGCUGCUUAUAUCAUGCAAGGCAUCAAGCAAGACAUCAACAUCAGUGCAGUUUUUUCAAGAUUCAGUCCACCACUUUGAUUCAAAAAGACAUCCAGUUAUAUCCAAAUAUAGGCCAAAACCUCUGCAUUUUCCAGGAACCAUCAAAUCAAAAUGGGAGAUAAUAUAUUCUUUUCUUUUUCAAAAUGAAUUUUAUUUGGUUUUACAAAUUUAACAUUAUAAUCAUACCACUUCCUCUGAAUCUUUGGACUUACCACCUUCCCCUCUGUGGGUUCUAUUGUUACCCUUUUCUACUGCAUCUUUUCCCCAUAAACCAAGUUUUUUAUAACUCCAUUAUAUCCAUAGUUCUCGUCACAUUACAAGUGUUAUUGUGGUCCUGCUAGUGUUUUCAGCUGCUUACAGUGGUCUUCUAGGUAAAAUAUAUAUUUUUCCCAUUUCUUAUUAAAGGUUUGGUCUUCCUGGUUUCUGAGCUUUCCCGGUCAGUUUUGCCAUUUCGGCAUAGUCCAACAGUUUAAUUUGCCAUUCUUCUCUGGUAGGGACUUUAUCUUCUUUCCAUCUCUGGGCUAACAGCAUCCAUGCAGCUGUCGUCGCAUACAUAAAAAGCCUUUUCUGCUCCCUUGGAAUUUCAGCAUCUACAAUUCCUAAUAAAAAAGCCUCUGGGUUUUUUUUUAUAUAAAAGUUAUUUCAAACUUUUUUUCCCAAUUCUUUAUAUAUCAUUUCCCAGAAUGCUUUUGUUACCUUAAACAUCCACCACAUAUGAUAAAAGGUGCCUUAUUUUUCUUUACAUUUCCAGCAGAUAUUUGUACCUGUCUCAUACAUUUUUGCUAACUUACUAUGGGUUAAAUACCAACGGUACAUCAUUUUCAUAUAAUUUUAUUUCAACGUACAGCAUGCCAAAAAUUUCAGAUCAGUUUUCCAUAACCUCUCCCAGGAUGAGAGUUGGAUAUUAUGCCCCAAGUCCCUCCCCCAGUGUAUCAUAACAGAUUUAACCUGUUCAUCCUGGAGAUAAUAUAUUCAAAAGAGUUCAAAUCAGUGCAGUUUGGAAUACCUCUGUCCAACAUCUUGAUUCAAAAUUGCAUAUGAUGGUUUCCAAAGUAGACCAGCACUCACUCUACCAUCUCAGGAACUGUCACACAAAUUUGGAUGACAACAACAUCUCCAGGGGUCCAGACUAGGGCAGUUCGUAAUGGCUUGGUCUGCCAUUUGAUUCAAAAUGGCAUCUGGCAGUUUCCAGACAUAGAUGAGAAAUGGUUCCUCCAUUUCAGAAACCAUUGUGCCAGUUUUGGGGAUUACAUUUCAAGGGCUGUCUGACUGGUGGACAGGUGGCUAGCAGAACAACAUUCCAAAAUAUAUAGCAGACACUAGCAGACAGUAUCUAGGAUUGCCCAGCAAGUCUUAAAAAACAAAAGAUUAAAAGAUUGAUAAAUGGAUAGGGGUUUCUUAAUUCUUAACAAAAAUAAUAUAUAUAUUUAUUUAAUCUUGUUCAGUAAACUAUAAUAUACAAACCCUUCAGUACUAGUUAAAAUCAGUGCAGUUUUGAGGGGUUUGGUUGAGGGUGGCACACUCUACUUCUAAUCGAAAGAAAUAGGGAGGUGCUAUGUGGCACUGUGGGUUAAACCACAGAGCCUAGGGCUUGCCAAUCAGAAGGUCGGCGGUUCGAAUCCCCACGAUGGGGUGAACUCCCAUUGCUCGGUCCCUGCCCCUGCCAACCUAGCAGUUCGAAAGCACGUCAAAGUGCAAAUAGAUAAAUAGGUACCGCUCCGGCGGGAAGGUAAACGGUGUUUCCGUGCGCUGCUCUGGUUCGCCAGAAGCAGCUUAGUCAUGCUGGCCACAUGACCCGGAAGCUGUACGCCGGCUCCCUCAGCCAAUAAAGCGAGAUGAGCGCCGCAACCCCAGAGUCGGUCAUGACUGGUCCUAAUGGUCAGGGAUCCCUUUACCUUUACCUUUUAUGAUCCCUGAAGGUCCUAGCUUCCCUGGUCCAUCUCACUGUUCAUUGACAGAGCCUGCUCCUCUAGAACGUUUACUUGGGCUAGUGCCACAUCCCCCUCUGGAGAAGAUUCCUUCAGUGACAGCAUGACAGUUGGGUUAUCUCAAGAGGUGUCAAAAUAUGUGCAAUUUUGAAGGUCCCAGUCCACCUUUUGGAUUCAAGUUGGUGUCCAAUGGUAUCCAAAGAUGGACCAAACCCCAUUCCUUGAUCUCAGAAACUAUCAUGCCAAAUUUGGUAAAUAGUAUCUCCAGAGCUGUCCAAAACAGUGCUGUUUAGGAAUGGUUUGCUAUGCCACCUGAAAAUUAAGUAAAGAAGAAGUGAGAACUAUUGCUGAGUUCCAAUCUCUUUUUGACCACCCCCCCCCCCAACAUGCCAAAUUUUCUGCAUUUUGAUUUGUCCUUUUCUCUCACAGCUUGCCAUUUCCCCCUCACUCAGAAUUCGGUUCCGUACUGGUAAAAUGAAACAGGAUACACCCUUUCAGAAACAAUUCUCCAUUGUUUUCAGGGUUGAUGUGACCCCAAGCCUCAUGCAGGUAGAGGGAGAUCUCAAAAGGUUCUAGCACUACUUCCUUUACCAGUCAGGCUUUUAGCCUGCCAAAAGGUCUUAACCUUUAGAUUCUGACUAUUUCAACAAGGAAGCAUUAUAGGUGCUCUGACGGCAUAGCCUCCAUGUGUGCCUCAGUAUUCAUAAGUCUAGCCCAUAUUUGAUGAACGCCCUAAGCCAUAAACAGCAGUUAAAACAUUAACUAUCUACAUCUGCCAAGAUGAUAUAAAGUCCAUAAAAGUGCUAAGUAACUCAUAAAAGUGGUGCCAAGUCCUUUAAACAAAGAGGGGAAAAGAACACAUUGUGAUCAAAUGUUUCAAUCCUUCUUAAAUGUAUUAGUCCAGCCUAUUUGCUUUCUUCCCAGCAUGCUUCCUUGAAACCAUCAAAAUAUAUUAGCUCUAUAAAUACUCUCCUUCCCCCUACCUCCCACCCAGGGAGACCCUGUAAAACCAAACUUCCUUCACCCAGGUGCACAUUGAAUCAGACCUGUUUUUCUCCCAUGACCUGAAUAACAAUUCCAUUUCUAACUGAGGAUGGGUGACACAGUCUUGCCCCUGCAACUCCCCCAAGCGAUGACCCAAAGGGUAAACUCUAUUUGGGGAAUGUACCCUGCUGCAGGACCUCUGGUACUGCCUAAAUAUGGAAUCCAUUAAAAAAUACUGCUUUUGAGGCAAUUUGAAACAUCGGCUAUAUUCUUUUUAUCCUUGAUGGGUCAUUAAGACAUGCAAGACAUCAAACAGUGUUUAAGUCAUCUGUGGGGCGUGCAUUGUUGUGUAAACCCAGAUUUUAGAAUACAGUUGACAUCUCAGUAAAACAGAUUGUCAACCCUGUACCCACAUUUAAUAUCCUUAAGGAUACCCAAUUUUAAAAAGUCUUUUGGCCCCAGUGGCCACCAGCCUUCUUCUUUUUUCUACAAUGCCCCAGAGGAUAAGGGACACUUGGGGUGGGGGUAGGGAUUACUACUCCCCCCCAAAAAAAUAUAUCAUGGAAACGUCAAUGUUUUUGUGGUGUUCUACAGAAGACUGUGUCUGUUCAUGAAACUCCUAGUGCAGCAAUGUCCAACCAGAUGACCAUGAUCAACAGGUAGAUUGUCGGUGUGCUCCCGGUCAAUCGUGGGAGUAAAAGAAGUGAUCACCCGUUUGUUCCUGAGAGAUCAUAACGCACCCUGACCCCAGCACUAUGUCCCAUUUUUGCUGCCAGUACAGCUUUGAAAGGUUGUAUUUCCAGCAUUGGCAUCAGAGUGGGGAAAGGAGGAAGGUCAGCGGACUGUUGUGCAAUCAAUGUUAUGCAAUCCGUCUCCAUAAAAGCUGAACAACUGUUACCCCCCCCAAAAGAAAGCUGAACAACUGUGGUGCCCCCCUCCAAAAAAGCUCAAGAACUCUGCUAACUCCCCCCUAAAAAAAAGCUCAACAACAAUCGGUAGAUCACUGCCAGUUUUCUUUAUAUACUGGGAGUAGAUCGCAGUCUGUAGAGAGUUGGACAUGCCUGUCCUAGUGUAUUAUGGAGACAACAUGGCUGCCACUGAGAGCUACCAGGUGCACAACCAAAGAAAGCAUUGCAGAAACCCAGUUUGUGUCUCCAGCUUCCAUUUGGAUGGAACCUUGCCUUCCACUCUGCUGGAGCUGCCCUCAAAUAAGCCAGGUAGGAAAAAUAGCAUCUAAAGAAGAAGAAAACAAGGGUGUGUGUGUAGUAUAGAAGAAGAAGAACAGUCCCCAGUCUAAGCUCCCCACCCUCCAUCACCACAGGUACUUAUAUCCCAAUCUCAGAAAUGAGCCAAGGAGGGGGGAGUUAAAUAGCAUGAGGAAGCAAAGAGGAGGGAGGAGUUUAGCUCCCCUCAGAUAUUUCCUAUUUUCAUGUAAAAACUAGACCUCGCCAAGCCCCAUUUUUAAACAUGAAUAACAUGAGUGGUUUCCACAGUUUGGGUUUUAUGGAAUUCUUGCCACGUUGACUCAUCUGCUAGGGAACGUCUUGCAUGUGGCAGAGGAUUCUGGGAAAUAUUCCAAGGCAGUCUCUCCCUUUAUGAAGGAUGCGGGCCAGUCUUGUUACAGGUCAACUUUGCACUACCUGAAGUGAGGGUGUGCUCUUUGAGCAGACUCAGCACUCCCCUUCACUGACACCUUUCAGUUUCAAAAUAGAAAGUGGUGAAGGAAGUGCGCCUCCUGGAUUUGGGUUUAUCUCCAGAUGGUAGACCUGUUCUUUGAUUCUAGUUAAGUCUUUUAUUAUUGUAUUUAGAAUAUUUACUUUUCCAUCACCUUUCACAUAAAUACCUAGGGACAUUCAUGCAACCAAUCAUGUGUUUUUAUGAGUAUUUGAAGUACAGCCUUUCCUUUGUCAUCUGUACUUUAUGUAUGUCUAAAAGGUUGAAAUUCCUUCCUCCUUUCCCCUGCCUCUGACCUGACAAAGCUUCAUAUAAUAAUUAAGACAGCCAACUUGGGAGUCAGGCUUGCCUGUGGAAAGAGUUAUCCAUCACCUCAAAAGGACUGAACCUGGGUAAGUUGGAGGUGGAGUUGGGGAUGGGGUAGAAAUUCAGUUCAGAUUCCAUUUAAAGACAUACUUAUUGAAUUUGCACUAUCUGAAACAAUAUGAGAGCUGAAAAAUAGCCACCCUUUGAAAUUUGUAUCUCUUUGAAUUUUUCAACACAGUUGAAUUUCUCAUGGAAUUUCUUCAGCUGUGUAAUGCAUACAAAAAUUAUGUACUUGGGGAAGGUGUUAAUAGAAAUGCAUAUUGUUGGAGAUUCCUCAAAUGAGCAUAUGAUCUCCAAGGUCCCUUCUAAUCUCAACAUUCUAUAGCUCAAUGAAUUGUCAACACUGAUAAACAUCAAGCUUUUGUUUCUUUCGUCUUUCUCUAAUCUUCAUAGUUCUUAGAAGUUCAAAUAAAGUAGAAUUGUGAUUUUAAGAGUAGACAAUGUUUAAGUCCUCCUUCCUUCCAUCACCACUUGGGAUGAAUGGCAAUCAGUGGAGGUAUUUGUUGAAUUCACUGUACAUUCCUCUUCCACAAAAGGUCUACCACAAGAUGGGAUUUGUCACCUCCUUCGCCUGUUGUCUUCUUGGAGUCCUGGUCUCCAGUUCUUUUCCAGGAGGUGAGCAUUUUAACCAAUUUUUGAGAAUUACCCAAUGCAAACUAUUUACCCCUAGUCCUUCAGGUGUCCAUAUAAAUAUAAUUAAUUCAUUUAUUCCCCCUUUUUAAGUCUAAGUCAUCAUAUUAAGGCAGGCAAUCGAGAAUGCAGACACAAGAGAAUUAUGAUUAAUAUUCCCUUACUAUCUUAGUCUUUAUAUCAACCCUUCUUGGGCUUGUAAUCCUAGUUACUAUCACAAUUCAGGAAUUCAAGCUUGCUUAGCAAUGUCAAGUUUGAGAUAAUGUUACUCUGAGAAAGCUUCCAAGAUAAUAUUGUCUUUCAAACAUAUCCUCAAGGAAAGAGCAGUGUUCACCAAAUGACAAUCCUAUUGCACUCUUUGAAUAUUUUGGUUCUCCAUUCAGUGACUGAAGAGCCAUCUUGGCCAUCCAUCACAUCUGGGCUCUGCUGGAAUAAGAAUCUUGCCCUUACCAUCUUUCUGCUUAUCUUGUUUUCUCUUUUAAAAUAAUAAUAAUAAUAAUAAUAAUAAUAAUAAUAAUAAUAAUAAUUCAGUUUUAAAUUUAACAUUUUCACUCAAAUAUAAAUCAAAAUCAUAAAAAUAUAGGAUUCCCUGAAUCCUUAGACUUCCCUCUACUCCUCCAUGGCUUCCAUUGUUAAUCUUUACCCACCUGCAUCAUAUAAUGUUCUCCAUUUAUUCUUAAAAUUCAAUUCAUACCAUAGCACUUGUUACGUUACAAGUGUUGUUAUAAUUCUGCCAAUGUUUUUAAUUGUUUGCAGUAUUCUUCAAGGCAACUUAUAAAUCCCCCCCAUUCUUUAUUAAAUGUAUUAUCUUCUUGAUUCCUGAUCUUCCCAGUCAUUUUCGCCAUUUCAGCGUAGUCCAUCAUCUUUAUCAACCAUUCUUUUCUGGUCGGAACUUUAUCUUCCUUCCAUCUCUGGGGCAAUAGUAUUUGUGCAGCUGUCGUCACAUACAUGAAUAGUCUUUUCUGCUCCUUUGGUAUUUCUGCAUCUAGAAUUCCUAGUAAAAAAGUUUCUCUUAUUUUCUCAAUCUAUUUCUCUCCUUUCUUCACUUUUCCCCUUACCUCUGCAUAUAACCUCCCUCGCAUAUAACCUUCUCCGCCUCCUUAUCUUUCUGUUUCACGCUUUUAACCUGUGCUGCUCUUCUUAUCCUCAGCUGUUGUUUCUCCUCGGUGUCUCCAGCCAGUUCUCUAUUCCCUCCUUGGGGACAUUCCUUCUUUCACACUCUGCCAGACACACUUUUAUCCUCUGCCUGCAUGUCUCUCUUUCUGCAGUUUUACAUUGCCUUGCUCCUUUCAGUCUACAUAGCUCAUAUUUGAGGCAGGCCAUGAGACCAAAAAAGCAUGAGAGGAGCUGUAGAAAUCUUUAUCUGGGUUAAGUGGCAUUAUAUCAAUAGUGCUUGUUAUAUUUUCAAGCGAUGGUUAUCCAGCUAAGGCUAUUAGAGCAAUGGUUUAGGUUAGGCCUAUAUUCAUUGGUUUCAAAAUUAUCUCUGAUUGCUCAAAGCAGUCACCCCUUUUAGCAGUGUAGCUAAAAUAAGAUUUCACAUAAAGAACAACCAUCUUAUUACUUUGUUCCUUUCUCCUCAUAGCCAAGGCCCUGUCCUGUCCUGAUGGCUGGCUGCAAAACCAGGGCAAUUGCUAUGGAUAUUUUGAUACCAAGUUGUCAUGGAGAGAUGCUGAGGUAAGAAAUAUUUCUCCUCAAGCAAAAUGUAAUAGAAUCAUGGAAUCAUAGAAUUGGAAGGUAUUUCAAGGGUCAUUUAGUCCAAACCCUUGCAAUGUAGAAAGCAUCUGUGGCAUUUGCCUCCUAGGUGGGUCAUAAGGAAAGGGUUAAAUGAGUGUGAUGUGAUUGGCCAGAGAGAAUGCAAGGGGAGGAGUAAAAGUUAGAGUCGGAGGUGUGUGGAAGUUAGUUGAGAGUUGAGUGUUGGGAGUUGGAGAAGUAAGAGGGAGGAAUAGCCUGUGGGUUGGUCAAGUUGUAUGGUGAGAGAGUGAGAGGAAUUGUUAGGUGGAGUCAGAUAGAUAAUUGGAAUAAUCAGUUUGAAGUUGUUAUUUUUUCAUGCUUAUACAAAUAAACUUGAUUAUUUGUUAAUGUUAACAACUGUCUGGACUCCGUGUGUCCGCAAAGAGAAACGGGGUGGUGGCAACGAAGAGGCAAUCUCAGUGGUGGCACAGGGUCAAUAGACCGUCAAACGUCCGGGGACCCUGUGUGAUCGCCACAGCAUCCAUGACAGAUGGCCAUCCUACCUUGGCUUAAAAACCUCCAAGGAAAGAGAGGCCACAGCUUUCCACUGUCAAACAGAUCUUGCUGACAGAAAGUUCUCCCUAAUGUUUAUAAUUUACAUCUUUUGGGUUCCUAUCAGAUUCUGUGAGCAGGGCUAUCCUUGCCCUGGAACAAUACCUAUCCAGCAUCUCAGACUUAACAAAAGAGAGUUGGUCACUUUAUGUUCCAGUGAAGCAUCUCUGUGGGAGCUGUGAAUGUGACAGUUAUGUCAAAUUCUCCCCUCCCACCAGGAGAAGAGGGAAGAAAUCUUUGUGUGGAAAAGUAGAAUAGACUGCAGUUCUGAAACAGGUCUGAGACUGGGUUCGCAAAACAUUUCAUGGCUCUGGCUGUCUCCCUAGAGAACUCAUGUAUGAACUGUAGAUAUUGGCAGUCUAUGGGAGUGUUUGAUCCUCUGCCUAUGCUCAGCCUAUAUAUUUGCAGAAUAGUAUUUUUACAAUGUCAAAAAGCACCCAGUGACCUAAUUCCAAAGGGAAUUUACCAAACAUUACGUAUGUACUGCACCCCUGCAACUUUUCGGUGCAAGGGUGACAUAACAGUGCAUGCUGUGUGGUCUGCAGUGUUGUGAAAGGAUGCAGUGCUGAUCAUUUGGGUUCCCGAGCUCAAGUUAAAAUAAAUUAGGCAUUGCAAAGCAAAUCUCCCAAGUUCAAAUUUCCUUGCCUCUAUUUAAAUGUAAUACUCCCUUUCUGUAACCUUUUGCAGCUUUUUCAACAUUCUGCAUAAAAAUGCUUCCAGCUAAAAUUUCUACAUAAAAAAAAAAAAAUGGGUUUGUUGGAAGACCGGCUUAGGGUUUCUCCAAAUGACCUUUUAAUUGACCACUCAUCCUGCAUUCAUCCUAGAUGAGCGGGCAAGAACAUGCUCCUACAUUUGUUCAUUUAUUUAUUUAUUUAAGUGGAUUAAUUGUGCAAACCUACACUUCCUGUUAUGUGCUUGAAUUCCUCGUGUGAAAUGCUGUCGAUCUGGAGGUGCCAUUAGUGCACAAAAGUUUAAGCCCGGCAACAUGGUAUGUGACACUAAUUUCUUACAGUCUACCAGUAAGACUUGCCUCUUGAAAGUCAAAUUUCAGAGAAAUAAAUAAAAAUGUUGAUAUUCCACAAACUCUGCAUCAUUCCUUUUAGUGAGAUAUGGUUUUUGGACUGUUGUUAUCUGAUGUGUUGUGAGACACUUUGGGAAUGACUUUUUGUAAAAAAGAAAAGAAACAGGUUCUGAUGGCAGUUGUGGCAAAACAUCUUUCAUUCUUUCUCCAUUCUUAGACUGCAUGCCAAAGCUAUGGCCAUAGGGCCCACCUUGCCUCUAUCCUUAAUGUGGAUGAGACAGCCCUGAUUUCCAAGCACAUCUCCACGUCCCAGCAAGAACAAAGCAACGUAUGGAUUGGGCUUCAUUACGUGAGUUGCCUUCACUUGCUCUAUUCCAAGUCAUUGUCAUAGAGUAGUGGCUUCUUAGUAUCACCACUCCUUCUGUAUAUAAUAAUAUCCAAGAAUGAACCCCACAUGCUACAUCAAUAUUAUUUUCAAUGCAGAUCCUCCUCUGACUCAUUCAUAGCUGGCACUACCUUCCCACUGACCAACAUAUCCAGAUAAUAUUGACACCAGGCUCCUCAUUUCCUUACUUACAUGAUCUAUAAUGUCUCAAUCUUGCAGAAUGGGCGUUGGAGAUGGCCUGAUGGAUCAGUCUACAAGUUUGACGAAGGUUACAAAUCCUGGUACCCAACCACACCAGACGACUGGGCCCCUUAUGAGCAUUGUGUGGAGCUCCUAUAUUUCCCAGGUAAGGAAACCAUUUGCAAGGUCUGACAAAAUAACAAUUAAAUGUUGAGUUCCACAUGGCCACACACUUCUCCAUCAAUGUCCUACUUCUCUCAGGAUUGUAAGUCAUACUCAAAAUAGUUCCAUCAAAAUCAACAGACCCAGGUUAGUAUUUUAUGAAAGUCCAUUGAUUUUAAGGAGUCUACUCUGAGUAUGAGUUAGUUGGAUACAACUGUUGGUCAGGUAUUUGUUUCUUUACAGCAAAGAUAAUUACUCUGUAGAGUGGAACAGCAGUGACUUAUGUGUUCAGCAUUUAGGGUCACUUCCAACAUACCACAAUAUAGAAGGGUUCAGUUACAGCCUAUCUGCAUAGUAAAUUGUACGUGACAACUGCCCUGGGAUAUUUGGAUGAAGGGUGGUAUGCAAUUUGUAGCAACCACCACCACCAUCACAUUCAUGUUGUAUUCUGAAAACUGGUUGCCAGGCUAAAGUCUGAGUUGUGUAUUCUCCUCACCAUAGGGAAAGUGUUGACUAAGGGAUGUAGAAAAUCUAAGAUCAGAAAGCAAAAUUAAUCUGGACUAUUUAUUCUUCAUGUGCCUCCUAACUUCUGGACCUAAUUCUGUCAUUUGUUCUCUUUUAAAGAAACCGUUUACAGUUUUGUGAAAUGGAAUGAUAGAAACUGCAACCAACUCAACAGCUACAUCUGCAAGAAAAAACUCUAAGACAGCAACUGUCAUUCCCAACUGUGCCUUCUGUGAUUGAUGGACAGCUCUCUGGAAUCAUUACCUCCUCUCCAAUCCCUCAUUGAUCAACUCUCAU